UUUAACAGUUAUCGAAAAGUGUUAUACCAAAAUGAAUGGUGUGUCCACGUUGCUGUUGUCCCUUGUGAUACUACUGACAGUCUACAGUUUCAUAGCAGCUGAUGAUUCUCCAUGCUGGAGAAUACAUACCGGAAGAUGCCAGUAUACAAGUGAACCCUGUCUCCUGUAUAACAGCGCCCCCUUGUGUGGUGGCCCUAAUAAUAGGCAGUGCUGUGUCCUCGGUGCUGACAUACGUUGCCAUCGAAAAUAUUCCAGUGGAGUGUGUCUGUACACCAGCUCACGUUGCCGGGGGGGCUUUGACAGUGCCGACCUUUGCGGUGGGGGUAACGACAGACAGUGCUGCAGACAUUUUUAAUGUUGUAAAAAUGCAUGGAUGAUUAAAGAUAUGGGAUAUAUU